AUGGCUUCAGAAAUAACAGCAGACGCGUCCGUGCCCGCGCAGGAAGCCGCCGCCCGACCUAUCGCCAAGCAGCCUCCUCCGGAGAAACCCGCCCACACCCGACGCCGUACACAUGUCAUUCUGUCAUUCUGGUUCAUCGUGCUCGUUUUGGGAUUGCCGAUAUGGUGGAAGACGACGUCAAUUUACCGCGCAGAUUUGCCUCUCGAGAGAAUGCUGCAAUGGGCUGACGGCAAGGCCUGCCGCCCUGCGUUUCCUCUGCAGAUUUCUGUUCGUGCCGAUUCCAUUGCCGACCAAGAAGCUCAGCAUCUCGUCCGCUUAACACAGCAUGCCCUCGACGACCUCAACGAUUUCCCCGGUCACCAUUUACGCCUCAAGCUCAGUCCCAAAAGCGACAGAAAACCCCCCAACCCGAGCAGGCAAGAUGCAGAUUCCGCCUUGACCAUCAAUCUGACUCCCGGCGACGCCAAUUCUGCUCAGCUAAGCCAGCACUCGGCCGUGCUCGACAUGACUUAUGCUCCCAACUCGAUACCCUCUCUCCAUUCUGCCUCGUCCGCCCUGGCAGCAUACAUGGCCAAUGAGCUCCAGUCUACCUUUUCCGAGGAGCAAUCCAUCAUCUCGUAUCUGCUGUCCACGUCUUCCAUGUCGUCUACCGCGAGACAACACGGUCUCGGCCAAGAGGCGGCAGAAUCGUUGAAGAAGCGCACAACCCGGUCGCUGCGUUAUGCUCCUACCUACCACCUGAGCUUUUCUCUCUUCACCGACGGUGCCACCCCCAACACGUGGGAUAUCGAUGCAGCCAUCAACGAAUACAUGAAGCCAAUGCUGGAUGUUCUGGGACCCAUUCACAACUUUACCAUUGAUACGCAGGUCCAACUGUAUGCCACGCCUGGCGUACAAUCACAAAUCCUCAACAAGGAGCACUUGGCGUCGUUUAUCAAUGCCGCAGAGUGGCCCCUUUCACCAUCCAUUGGCGGCGCACCCACGGUCAACUUUAUCAUCUUUGUCGGCAACCAAACCAUUGGAUCUGACAGUGCCCAGGUCGAAAACUCACAGUCAUGGAUGAUUCCUCAAUGGGGCUCCGUAUAUCUCCUGCCGCUGGCCCCUACCGAGCAGCACGUCUCGGCAAAUGCCCUCAAGCAGCCUCUGCUCAUGUUUGGCGGCCACCUGCUGACUCUCCUUGGCACGCCGCAGUCUGGAUCUCUCCCGCUGCGGCUCUCCUCUCUGGCCAGGGUACGAACAAUGGACCUGCUCCUUCGGGCUUCCUCGUCUCUGGGCUCUCUGGCGCGGCUCUCGCCCAGCCUGCCUUCGAUAUCUAUUCCUCGCAGUGUUGCCGAAGGCGUUUCCAGCUCGUUGCAGCACCUGGAACAGGCGUGCGCCAACCUGGGUGGACCAGAAGGGCUGUUGCAUGCACGGGUUGCCGAGGAGGAGGCGGAGAGGGCCUUUUUCGAGAAGAGCAUGGUUGGGCAAUUGUACUUUCCAGACGAGCACAAGAUUGCGGUUUACUUGCCUUUGUUGGGGCCCGUAGGGGUGCCGCUGGUGCUGGGACUGGUCAAUGAGCUCAAGAAUUGGAUAAGGAAACGGAAGCAGAAGGCCAAGGAGGCCAGAGAGAAAAAGGGCCAGUAG